AUGAUGCGCACCAAGCCUUCUACUGCUAUGCAGAAGACCUACGACGAGUGCUACCUCAUCUGCUCUACCGCUGUGUACUUUGAAAGCCAGCAGAACAAUGAAGCGGAAGCAUUGCGUUCAUGGCGCAACGCCCUUGAUCAGAUAAACUACCACAACGCCUACCGCGUCCCGUCCAACUACCGCCCCAAGUCCGAAACAGAAAAAGCCUUACAAGACUCGUUACACCACAUGGAAUUACAGUGCAGGGAGCGUGUGGACUUGCUGGAAGCGCUCAAGCGGAGCAGAGUUGAGGCAGUAGAAGGAACCGUAUCGGCUACAGACGCAUCUGCCAGCCCUCAUGCGAGUGGCGUACAGCACACAGCGUCGGAAAGCAUUGAGCAAGAUCAGGCUGAGUGGUCGAGGAGGGCGAGCGCGGUUCCCGAUACCCACUACGUCGAGCCUUCACGUCCCCCGCCGUUACCCAGCCGACCAUCGCACAUUAUAAGAAAGACCUCGGAGAACGUAACUACACGAUCACGCAGUCUGCCACAAGAAUAUAUACCAUCUCCCGCACUGCCACCGUUGACUCCGAUGCUGUCGGUGCCACAAAAGAAGAACUCAAGGACACCGAGCCCUGAAAAGAAAACCAGCAUGUUGAGGACGCUACGGCCGGGAGGCCGGGAACGAGAGCGGUCUUCAUCAUCUAAGCUAGCGCCAAGUCUCAGGAAUCGGCCCCCUGCUGCAGCGAAAGCUGCGACACUGGCGUUUACCACAACGUCACGGCCGAGCGCAGGAAGGCCAGCGGGCCCGCCUAUUGGCGAACCUGCAGUGCCCGCUGCCAAACCAGCUAUCCCGGAUUCUCAGCCUGAAGACCGCGGGCCGAGACGAAGCUUCGAGCAGCAAGAUGUAAACGACAACCCUAGUACCAGUGCCAGAACUCCGAGUCCCUUCUACAUGCGAUACUCUGAACCAGACAAUUCUUCCAGUGGACCAUCAAAGGAGAAGGACUACUUUGUAGCCCCUUCGACAGGCGAGUCAAUCUCUCGAGCUAGGCAGGCUUCGUUAGGGGACGCAGAACCAUCUCAACGGCGAAAGCCUCCGACUCCUCCGCCGCAUCGCUCCGGUGCAAGACCUCUUGCUAGUGGGCAAAAAUCCCCUCUACGAUUACCAAAAUUAAAUCCGGACGUGUUGAACUACCGUAAAGAGUACCCUCCCACGCAGGUGAAUUAUAAAAAAGCCAUGUCCGUGGCUGCUGGUGGACCGGCUCCGUCAGCUAGUGCGCCUAAGGAAGAUAGCUCCCGUCCUGCCGAUGCACCCCCAACUCCAGGAAAGGCAAGCACUGCCAUCCGGCGCAAAGCUGUCAAUACGCCGCCGAAACGGAGAACUACUGAAACUUCGUCGGCAAGUGGCGACGACAACACCAGUAGCGGGUUGGACGUUGAACCAAGGGGCCGACGGCGGCCUGGAAAAGAGAAAGCUACUGGUGAGCGUGCGGGCCUACCACUCACGCCAACGUCAACAGCGUCCAGGGGAAGCACUCCCGAUCAAGAACUCGAAGGUAAAGUAUGGAAGGAGAAGGUGGAGCAAGUCUUAAAGCAUCUACCUAAGGGUGUUGAUGAGACUGCUGCAGCGCAAAUUCUCAACGAGAUCGUCAUACAGGGUGAUGAAGUCCAUUGGGAUGAUGUAGCAGGCCUAGAAAUUGCCAAGUCCGCGCUGAAGGAGACGGUCGUGUAUCCCUUUCUGCGACCGGACCUUUUCAUGGGUCUGCGCGAACCGGCGAGGGGUAUGCUCCUAUUCGGCCCACCCGGGACCGGAAAGACGAUGCUCGCGCGGGCUGUGGCGACAGAGUCGAAAUCGACGUUCUUUGCCAUCUCUGCUAGCAGUCUCACAAGCAAAUAUCUAGGCGAGUCGGAGAAGCUUGUCCGUGCGCUGUUCGCGCUGGCGAAGGCUCUUGCGCCCUCCAUAAUCUUCGUCGACGAGAUAGACUCGCUUCUAUCUUCCCGUGCUGGAUCAGGAGAACACGAGGCGACGCGCCGGAUCAAGACCGAAUUUCUGAUUCAGUGGUCUGACCUCGCUAAAGCCGCCGCCGGCAGGGAGCAGUCAGAGAAGGACAAGGAGCGCGGCGAUGCGAGCCGUGUCCUUGUUCUCGCGGCUACGAACCUGCCAUGGGCGAUCGAUGAGGCUGCGCGACGGCGGUUUGUGCGGAGACAGUACAUCCCGCUCCCGGAGGAUCAUGUCAGGAAGCUGCAGCUGCGGACGCUGCUGAGUCACCAGAAGCAUAGCUUGAGCGAUGUGGACUUAGACCGGUUGGUUGAGUUGACGGAUGGCUUUUCUGGCUCAGAUAUCACAGCACUAGCGAAAGAUGCGGCGAUGGGCCCGCUACGCAGUCUGGGCGAAAAGCUGCUGCACAUGACCAUGGACGAGAUCCGUCCGAUCAUGUUUGAGGACUUCCAGGCUAGCUUGGUCAAUAUUCGGCCCAGCGUCAGCAAACAAGGUCUUAAGCAGUUCGAGGACUGGGCAAGGGAGUUUGGUGAGAGGGGCGGCUGA